AUGGCAGCCACAGUCACCAAAGGUACCAUCAUUCUUACAGGAGCAAAUGGUAGCUUGGGAAAUGCAAUUGCAAAUCAAGUUGCUUCUACACCCGAGUAUGCGUCCUACCACGGCAUUUACACUGUCAGAAACGCCUCAGCGGCAUCAGUUUUUGGUUCCUCAACAACUCAUUCUCACGACGUUGUCUCGCUAGAUCUGUCCGACCUCAAUAGUGUACGCCAAACUGCUGAAGCUAUCAAUGUCCGCAUUUCAACUGGUCAGAUACCGCCAAUCCGCGCCCUGAUUCUUAAUGCUGGGUUCAUGGGCUUUAGUAAACAGUUUUGGAACAAGGAUGGGCUAGAUGUCACGUUUUGUGCCAAUUAUCUGGGUCAUUGGUUGUUGACACUACUCUUAUUAGAGAGCAUGGAUAAAGAGUCUGGACGAAUUAUUUUGAUAAGCAGCCAGGCUCACGAGUAAGUCCUCCGCCCAUACCAAAGAUACAACACAAUCUUUCGAUAUUAGGGCUAACGCGCUGCACACAGUCCCCACGACAAAAGAAACGACCAAACCAAAGCAUUCAUAGACAAAAAAUAACAAAAGACCUCCCAGACUGCGUCACCUUCGAAGCUAUCGCCAAAGGCACCUGGAGCUCCGCCCACGAAGACCCCUCAUGGCGCAGUGGCUACCGUCGCUACGGGGCCUCGAAACUCUUCCUCCUCAUGAUGAUUUACGAACUACAACAGCGCAUGGAUCAAGAGCCCUUACUGAAGAACAUCUGUAUUCUGGGAGUCGACCCCGGGACCAUGAGUACCGGAAUUCAGCGCCACGCCCCAUUCGUCAUUCGCUUGAUUUUGUUCCGAAUUAUUAUCCCUCUUCGUGCUUGGUGGAGUCCGGAUGGACCUAUUAGGACGACGCGGAUAUCGGCGAUGCAUGUUUUGCGUGCUGCGUUUGAGCGUGAUGGGACUUUGGGGGCGUUCCCGAAGGCGAAGUACUUUUAUGGGAGGGAGGCGUUUGAGACGUGUGGGGAGGCGAAAGAUGCGCAGGAAAGAGAGUGGGUUUGGCAUGAGAGUGUUCGGUAUACGCAGCUGAAAGAGGACGAGACAGCUCUAAGUAUUAGAUAA